AUGGAGUGGAUAAUUCUUUUGGUAAUUCUUCUGGUAGUCUUGAUCUCUGUUGUACUUAUAUCAUUAGCAUGGAAAGUAUGUCGUAGAGUGAGCGAGAAUAAAGAACAUAAUCAGGUGUCUCUAAAUUUUCCGCUACCUCCACCUACAGGAGGAUCUGAUAUCAUCAUGGACGAUACACAGUACGAUGCACCAGUGCGCGUAUUUAGAGAACAUGAGAAUGAAUAUAAAAGUAAUGAAGAUUAUGGAGUUGAAAAGAGUGAGGAUUACGUAGCUAAUGCACCUUCUACAACGAGUAAAACCAAACAGCUUACGGAUGAUCAUGGAGUGAAAGAGAAAAAUUGUGCAGUGUGUGGAUUUCCUGCCAUAGCGCACAACUCACUAGUUGCACACUACAAGCAGGCACAUUCUCCAGAUAAGCCAGUUGAAUUCCAAAGAAAAAUGCAUGACGAAGUUCGGUUACGGGACAUUAUUGCAAAUUCCAUUGUUGUUCCAGUGUAUGAAGAAGAGGAAAUUUACGAGCAAGAACAACAACAGGGCGCCCAGACAAACCUCCAACAUCGUGAGCUGAACGUGAAGCAAAUGGAUUCACGUUCAAGAGAGCCGGAAGCUGUACCGGUUGCAGUUACGGAAGAUCAGCAACCUUUGGAAGUUAUUGACGUCUCACAGGGGGAAGAAACCUUGCAAUUAUCUGUUGUUAACGAUUCGAGCAAUUCUGUUGGUAUGCCUUUGUUGGAACAAGAUAUCUCUAUGGGAAAUGGUAUGAUGGACGGUCUAGAAAUGUUUGUACAAGGAGACGGAAGGUAUCAAAAGGUUGGCAUGUAUCAAAACGGUGAAGAUGGGCUGGAUAUUGAAGUUGUCGAAGAUCAGGAAAUUCUGGAUGAGCAACAUAUGUCGAGAGGCACACAAAUGGUCCAUAUCGAUGAAAAUGGUGCCACUUACGAAAUUUAUGACGGAGAAGAAGGAGGGACACUAUUAAUUGAGGGUGCACCUUAUGAUUUUCAAAAUAUCCAGGAUGAUAAUGUUUAUAUUGAAGAAGCUGUAGCAUCCACUUCGAAAUCCGCCAGUGAUGUUCGUAUGCGCUUAGCGAAACAGCGUCACAUCGAUUUUGUUGUCAAUAAGGUCGCUCGAAGAAGUAACGGUCGAUUAAAGAGGCCACUAACCAUUUAUGAAUGUGAAGAUUGUGGAAAGAUCAUUCGUUAUCCUUCGAAAAUCGAAGAGCAUCGACGUUCUCACACCGGCGCAAAACCGCACCAGUGCCCACACUGCGGUCAACGAUUUUCACAAAAAGGCGGCCUUACUUGUCACAUACGGCUUCAUACGGGUGAGCGACCCUAUACUUGUACAUGGGACUGCGGCAAAUCUUUCCACUCUAACUCAGCAUUAAAAAUGCAUGAAAGAACUCACAAUGGUGAACGAAACCAUUCUUGUGGCAUAUGCGGAAAGUUGUUUUCUAAACGUUCGCAUUGUCAACGACAUGAAAUGAGCGUCCACCCACGCGAAGCCGCUCGUCGUGCUGCGCAUUUCGGGCUGGCUGCUGCCGGUGCCGAUGAGGCUAGGUUGCGGGACGUAGUACAUGGAGUGAUUGAGGAAGUACGCAUAGAAAGAUCUCUGAAAAACGAGUUGAAGGACUAA